GAAAGAACUUCAACUGAAACAUAUGAAUGGAAACAUGCAACAGUUUAAGGACAAAAGGAAAAGAAAGGCAUCCUUUUUGGUUUCUCCUGCUGGCAUCCUUGGGGCGGAAGUGACGUCAGAAAAUGGAAGGAGGAAGGAGACACCCACACCCAACACAACCAGCCAAAGGUGUACUGUGCCUUUCUCUCCUGCAGGGUCUUCCUCUCUGGUGAGGGAAGCAAUGGUCCCCAAGCGCAAGGGCGCCUGCCUCCAGCUGCAGCAGAGGGCCAGCAAGAAACUCCGCAGGGAAGGAGCCCUGCCCUCCUCCUCUUCCUCCUCCUUAGGACCCCAAACUCAGCAGCAGUCCAAGGAUGAUUUUGAAGCAGAAAAACCCAAGAAGACAAAAAGUUUGCCCAAGGCUUCCUCCAGAAAAAAGAAAGAAAGCAAAAAUGAAGAAAAUGUUUCUUCCCCAUCCUGCAGAAAUUCAAGGCAGAAAGGAAAAAAGCUCAAUGUGAAAGAGGAAAAUGGAACUAUAGAAAGCCAAAGAUCAUGUAAGAAGGCAGAUAAAUCUUGUGUCUUGCAGAGUACUCCUGAAAAGAAAGAUAUAAAAAAAGAAUUCACCAUCAAAAAGAGAGAAGAAGAGGAGGAAGAUGAAAGUGAGGAUGAAUGGGAAGAUGUGGAAGAACUUCGUGAGCCUGAGAUAGAGCUUCUGAACAAGAUUGCUGCACCAGUGCUUCCCAAAGAAAGUGUUGAAAUAGAGAUUGAGACUCCAGAACAGGCAAAGAAAAGAGAGAGAAGAGAGAAAAGGCAGACCGAAUUUGAAACCUACCUGCGUAGAAUGAUGAAACGCUUCAACAAGGAAGUUCGUGAAGAUACUCACAAGGUUCACUUGCUAUGCUUGUUGGCAAAUGGUUUCCAUAGAAACAAGAUCUGCUCUCAGACAGAUCUGCAAGCUAUUGGCCUUUCUAUCAUCCCCACUCACUUCACCAAGGUGCCUGAAGGUCGCGUAGACCGCCUAUACCUCUCAAACCUCGUGAAAUGGUUUAUUGCAACCUUCACUGUUAAUGGUGAGCUCUCGGAUAAUGAAGAAAGCUGGCAAGCUACCCUUGAGAGGCGUUUUGCUAUCUAUGCUGUACGAGAUGAAGAAGAAUUGGGACAUAUAUUUUUACUUAUUUUGAGAGCAUUGCAACUGCUGUGUCGACUUGUAUUGUCUCUACAGCCCAUUCCUCUGAAAGAAUCAUUGGAGAAGUCUUUAUUUCAGGGAAAGUCUUCCUCCAAAAAGCGCACUGCCAAUGCAGUUUCUGCAGAAUCUGAUGGUACCAGCAAAAGGCCUAAGCUUGCAUCCAAAAAACGCACAGGGGUACAUAAGGCCAAGCAAGGAGCAGACCAAGUGAAGGCUUCACCAAGGAGCCAAGAAGAAGACAAAAAACCAAAACCUUCUGGAACCAAAAGGACAGCGAAUAAAUCUUCAGUGCUUAGAGGUGCUGAGAAGGAAAAGGAAUCUACCAACCGUGAAGGGCACCAGAAAGAAAAGGAAGGAUUGAGAAGGCCCAAAAAUGACCGCCAACGAAGGGUGGCCUCGAAAGUGUCCUAUAAAGAGGAAAGUGGAACUGAUGAAGAUAGUGAUUCUGAAUUCUCUGCAUCAGAGGAAGAAGAGGAUGAUAGCAGCAUCUCUGAAGAUUUUGAAACUCCCAGGAGGAAGCAGAAACCAUCACUAGGAACCCCUAAAGCAAAAAUUGGUAUUAACAGGCAGAGAUCUGGGUCUCUAGUGCUAAAAGGGCCCAAGAAUUCAGAGACAGUUGAUGGUUCUCUGGGGAAAACAGCUACCCCAAGUUCUUCAAACUCAACAAAGAAGAGGAACAAAAUAAUUUCUAGCGAUGAUGAGGAUGAGAAUGAUGAAGGUGAGCAGGGGACAGCUAAAUUUAAAGGCAUGGACCAGUGGGUGGAGGUUUUUCUGGAACGGGAAGAUCGCUGGGUGUGUGUGGACUGUAUUCAUGGCACUGUUGGCCAGCCUUUGCUGUGCUUCAAAUAUGCCACAAAGCCAGUAAGCUACAUCGUUGGCAUUGACAACACUGGGUAUGUAAAAGACAUAACACAAAGGUACGAUCCAGCAUGGAUGACUUCAACAAGAAAGUGUCGUGUGGAUGCCCAAUGGUGGGAGGAUACCUUGGAGCCAUAUAGAAGUCCUCUUGUGGAGAGAGAGAAGAAAGAAGAUAGAGAGUUUCUAGUUAAACUUCAAGAUCAGCCCCUGCCAACAUCAAUUGGUGAAUACAAGAAUCAUCCACUUUAUGCUUUGAAGAGACAUCUUCUUAAAUAUGAAGCCAUCUAUCCUGAAACAGCUGCUAUCCUAGGCUAUUGCCGAGGAGAAGCCGUGUAUUCUAGAGACUGUAUUCAUACACUGCACUCCAAGGACACCUGGCUGAAGCAAGCUCGAGUGGUGAGGAUUGGAGAAGUGCCAUAUAAGAUGGUCCGAGGUUUCUCUAACCAAGCAAGGAAAGCACGAAUGGCAGAGCCUGCAAACCGGAACAAAAAGGACUUGCCACUUUUUGGUUUGUGGCAGACGGAGGAGUACCAGCCCCCUAUAGCUGUGGAUGGAAGGGUUCCACGAAAUGAAUUUGGGAAUGUGUACCUCUUCCAACCCAAGAUGUUACCAAUAGGUUGUGUGCAAUUAAAGCUCCCUAACCUCCACAGGGUGGCACGCAAACUGGAUAUUGACUGUGUUCCAGCUGUUACUGGCUUCGAUUUCCAUGGUGGCUUUUCACACGCGGUGACGGAAGGUUACAUCAUCUGUGAAGAGCACCAAGAGGUGCUUGUGGCAGCCUGGGAGAAUGAAGAGUCAGAGAGGGAAAAGAAGGAAAAGGAGAAGCGAGAGAAGAGAGUGAUGGGAAACUGGAAGUUGCUGAUAAAAGGACUCCUGAUCAAGGAAAGGCUGAAAGAGCGCUACUCUAUAAAGAAUGAGGCAGCAGGAAUCACUGUGGAAAGGGGGGCUGGAUUCUCCUCUGAUGAUGAUGGUGAAGAAGGAGGACCCAGCUCACAGACACCUGCUGAAGAUAUUGCUGUUUUCUGGCCCCAAAACCGACAAGUGGACGAACAGAAUAAGGGGGGGAAAGCAACCAGAAAAAGCAGGAGGGAGAAGAAAGGAGAAGCCAAGCAUUUGUUCCCCUUUGAGCAGUUGUGACCAGAAGGACCUUUUAUGUUGGAAUCCAUUGUGUCAAGUUAGAAAAAAAAGCAACUUGGGUUUCUUUCAGAUCAUCUUGUAAAUAUUUUUAGACUUACUUAGGAAAUAAUGUAUUUCGAAAAGAUUAGAUGCAAGUUGGAAAUGGUUUUGAAUGUAUAUAUAUAUAGAGAGAGAGAUUGUGCAUAUAAUGUUCAAUUAUAUGUACAAAAAGUGUAGUAUUGGUGGGAAUAAAUCAGGGAGUUAACAGAACUUCUACAAGUCUAGCUCAUCAAACAUAUACUUUAUUCCUAGUGUGAAUUGUCUAGAAAAGCUCAGAAACAGACAUGUUGGCCUUCUUUCUGUGUAUCUGUGGGAUUAUCAGGAGCAGAUUUGUUAAAUUUUAAUGAUGUUUUUGGAGAACUCUUAUUGAACAUGAAAUGUUCUUCUUGAACAUUUCUUAUGUAAAAGUUGUCAUCUAGACAUUGGGCUAAUACCACUGUACAUUAGUUACCUUAGUUACAUCACUGUUAGUCUCACUGUCCUUCACUAGGCCAGUCUCCUGCUUCUCUUUAGAAAAUAAUUUACAUGGUAACUGUGGAAAAGUCCCAACCUUUUCUCAUUUUUAGUGUAGAGCAGUGAAGCAGUGCCUUUGCACGUAAAGUGAAUAAUUAUUGAAAUCUUCACCAACCUGGGAUCCUCCAAAUAACUAGGACUGCAGCUCCAAGCAUUCUUGACCAUUGGCCAGGUGCUGAUGGUAGUUGAAGUCCAAACAAUCUGGAGAAGACAAGAUUGGAAAAUGCUGCUUUAUUGGCUUCAGGAAAAGGGGCAUUACCAAGAAACAAUGCAAUCCACGGGGAAGCUCUCCUGCACAAGCUCCAUAAAUUUAAAUUGGAAGUGUGCAGGGUGCUCUCCCUCUUUUUCACACAUACACACUAUUCAAUUCAGCAGAAUUUGAACACGAAAGAGAAAUGUAAACAUUUUUGCUAUUAUUAAAAAUUAUCAUAGGACAAAUUUAUCAAAAUUGUCAAACUUAGAGGGGGGAAUUCUUUUCAAGAAUGUCAGUUUGGUUUUAAUCUGUCUUUGAUCCCCCCCCCCCAAAACACACAUUGUAAUUUUUAUAGGCCAUGUUUGUUUUGUACAAAAUGAAUACUAAACAAAAAUUAUUGUGCUUUUUCCACACUCUAAAUUAAUGCAAUCUGCAUGGGACAUGCAAGAAAAAAUAAUGGAUGUCUGUAGUCUGCUAUUGCAGGCUUAUUAUGGUAGGUAGAUUGCUUUGUGUAUAAUUAAGAACACUUUUGAUAUACAGUACAUGCUUUUCCCCAACAUCAUCUGUUUUUACACGACUGUUUUAAAAAUGAAUACCUUUAUUGGACUAGAUUUGUAGGGAUUUGAAACCUCCCUAUAUUUGAACUGACUUCAGCAAGUUGCAGCACUUAUAAUAUGUUGAGAAAAAAUAUUUUUAUACUGAAUCCUUAGCAGAAAAAAUAAAAGCUUUAAUAAGAA